AUGGGAGGUCUGGGCAAGACAACCCUUGCUCAACUCGUUUACAACGACGAUAGAGUUAAAAAUGAUGAUAACUUCGAAUUUAGGAUGUGGGUAUGUGUCACUGCGAAUUAUGACUACAAGAGGAUCCUAAAAGAGAUGAUAGAAUAUCAUACUGAAAUGAAGUAUGAUACCAACACAAUAUCCCUUGACCUUUUAGAAUCCCGCUUUCGGGAAUUCUUGGCUAGAAAACGCUUUUUACUUGUUCUAAAUGAUGUAUGGAUUGAGAACUACGAGGAAUGGGAGGAGCUUAGGACAGUAUUCAUUCUAGGGGAAAAAGGAUCUACAGUUUUGGUUACUAGCCGAAACAGCAGGGUCUCAGAUAUCAUGGGGACACGGAAACGUAAUGUGGCAGACAACGUGCGUGGAUCUCUGGUAGAUAUUGGUAGAGAAAUUGUAGGAAAGUGCAAAGGCCUGCCUUUGGCGGUAAAGGCAAUGGCAGGUCUCUUACGUGGUAAUCAUGAUAUGAACAAUUGGAAGAGAAUCCUAAAACAUGAGAUAUGGGAGGCUGAGGAACGGAGUACCAACACAGGGAAGCCAAUAGUUUUGCCUGCUCUAAAGUUGAGUUAUGGCCAUCUACCUUCUCAUCUGAAACAGUGUUUUGCAUACUGUUACAUAUUUCCCAAGGCCUAUGUGUUUGAUAAGAUGGAAUUGGUCAAAGUGUGGAAGGCACAAUCUUUUAUUCAGUCCAGAAGACGAGAUAUAAUUAAUGAAAUUGGAAAUGAUUAUUUUGAUGAGUUGUUAAUGAGCUCCUAUUGCUGCCAAGUCAAGGAUAAUGAGCCAUGCCCUGUCUCUGACAAAUCUCGACAUGUAUCAUUGCUUUGUAACAAUGCCGAGCAGGCUGCUUUGGCGACAAAGUUGAAGGAAAAAGAAGGGCUCAAGAAGGUGGUGUUUGAAUGGAGUGAUAGAGAUAGUGGUCCACAAGAUGGAGGAGAUGACGAAAAAGUGCUUGAAGACCUUCAACCACACUCAAAUCUCAAAGAGCUCCAAAUUUUCCACUACAAAGGUACCAGAUUUCCAUCUUGGAUGGGAGAUGGGAUACUCCAAAAUCUCGUUACCAUUUCCAUAAGUCAUUGUUCAAAGUGCAAAGUCCUCUCUCUUGGGGAGCUACCACACCUUGGAGAGCUAUACAUUAAACGAAUGCAGGAGUUGGAGGAAUGGCCUGAAGGGCAAUAUCAUUCUCUUUACAUACUAAAGGUUGGCAGCUGCCCCAAGCUAAAAAAGUUACCUCAGAUCUUUUUUAACUUACAAGUUUUGAAGAUCAAAAGGUGCGACUCGUUGAGGGAACUUCCAGUGAGCCCUUCAUUAGAGUUCUUAAUACUUGUCAAUAAUCUUGUUCUGGAUUGGAAUGAAGCAAUACUGCAUAACAAUCCUGUUUUUGACAAUCGCGCACUUCCAGUACACUUCGGUCCACAGAAACUGGAGAUAAGUGGGUGUAAACUAUUGAGCACCCUCCCUAUCCCUGAGCACUACCGACGUCUUCAGUAUCUAGCACUAGAUGGCUGUCAUGCUGGAACCUUAGUGAGGGCAAUUCCUGAUUCAUGCUCUCUGCAUUCCUUGGUGAUUUCCAACAUCUCAAACCUAACCUCUCUUCCAAAAUGGCCAAAUCUUCCUGGACUCGAGGCCUUGUACAUCCGUAACUGCAAAGAUCUUGUGUCUCUGUCUGAAGAAGAAGCAUCAUUCCAAGGCUUGACCUUUCUCAUAAUGCUGUCCGUCUGGAACUUCCCCAAGCUCGUGACAUUGCCGAACAAAGGACUUCCCGCUUCUGUCUCGUGUCUGAGUAUUGGUUCAUGCCCUGGUCUCAAGUCCCUAGGCCCUAGAGAAAUGUUGAAAAGCCUCACCUCCCUCAGGGAUCUUUACAUUGAGGACUGCCCUACAGUGGAGACAUUUCCUGAUGAAGGGCUUCCCAGCUCCUUUAAACAUUUGCAUGUUGAAGGAUGUCUGCUACUCACGAGGCGAUGCCAGAAAGACAUAGGCCCAGAUUGGUCAAAUAUCAAGGACAUCCCUGAUCUGGAGUUCAAGUCCAUCAAAGUAUCUUCAGUUCAAAAUUCACUAAAGGAGCACCCGAAAAUAAGAGCAUCUUCAGGCACUUGGUAUCAGCAUUUUACAUACUGUAAAGGAAUUGAUAAUAAAGAAAUUGGGCAACCACAAUAA